AUGACGUAUACGAUUUCCUGCACGGUGCUCAACAUCAAAAUCAAAUUCGUGGAUCUCAAGAAUCCAUCGUGCGACUCUAAGAAUCCUGCACAGGAUGCCGACGUCUUCGCAAUUGACACCAAAUUGGAAACUUUGUCCAAUGCGUGGAACGAGUUCGUGAAGUCUGGCGACGAAUUGGCCAAAUACGACAAACUAGAGGGUUAUGUGGACCCUACCGAAGACUUCGGGAUAUACGAGGAGAAAUAUGAAAUAGCAAAUGCCCGCCUUAAGGCUUUACGAGCUGCCUUGGCUCCGUCUGGCAAGUUGGAAGAAAUCGGCGCGGCUGGCUCACAGUCGGUUGCAACACCGGCAACAAGAGAUUGUGAAUUACCAAAAAUCAACAUUAAGCCCUUCGGUGGAGAUUACAAGGAAUGGCAUGCCUUUAAAGACCUGUUUGAGAGUACCAUUCACGGAAAGACAACCUUGACAAAUAUCCAAAAGUUUCAUCACCUGAAGUCAUGCGUCAUAGGAGAAGCAGCGAUACUCAUCCAACAUUUGCCCGUGGUGGCAUCAAAUUACGACGUUGCAUGGAAAUCAUUGAGUGAUCGAUAUGAAAAGCCCCGUUACUUGGUGAAUUUACUGAUGGACACAUUCACCGCAUUGCCAAAAGCUGUUGGGCAAAACUCAUCAUCGCUACGCGCUCUGACCUGA